GCACCAGAAUCACGAACGCUACACUGCGGGGCUAAAUGUGAUGAGAUCAUUGUGCUCCAUCUGGGCUAUCUGAACUAUACCAAGUACCAAGUCGUGGUCACCUUCAAAGGCCGAAAUAUCACGUAUAAAAUCAAUGUCAAGUUUGUGUUGAAAACGUACAAUCCCACUUUCUCGCAAGUGGAGAUCUGGUUCCGGUUUGUCUUUGUGGUGUUGACCUUUAUGGUGACGUGUAUGUUUGCACACUCACUGAGGAAGUUUUCUAUGAGGGACUGGGGCAUAGAACAGAAGUGGAUGUCUAUCCUGCUUCCUUUGCUGCUACUCUAUAAUGAUCCAUUUUUCCCGCUGUCAUUCCUGGUGAACAGCUGGUUUCCAGGGACAUUGGACACUUUCUUUCAAGCUCUGUUCCUGUGUGCCCUGCUUCUCUUCUGGCUCUGUGUUUAUCAUGGCAUCAGGGUUCAGGGUGAGAGGAAGUGUCUGACGUUCUACCUGCCUAAGCUGAUCAUUGUAGGUCUCCUGUGGCUCUCAGCAGUUACACUGGGGAUAUGGCAAACGGUUAAUGAACUCCAAGACCCUACUUAUCAGUAUAAAGUGGACAUAGGGAACUUUCAGGGCAUGAAGGUCUUCUUCCUGGUUGUAGUUGCCCUUUACAUCCUCUACCUGAUCUUCCUGAUCGUCAGGGCUUGUUCUGAACUCAAGAACAUGCCUUACUCAGAUCUCCGGCUCAGGUUUUUGACAGCGCUGACGUUUGUGGUCAUGGUCAUUCUCUACCUGAGGUUUGGUGCCAAGGCUCUCCAGGACAACUUUGUCGCUGAACUUUCUACUCAUUACCAAAACUCAGCUGAAUUUCUGUCAUUCUAUGGCCUACUCAACUUUUACUUGUACACAUUAGCAUUUGUGUAUUCUCCCUCUAAAAAUGCCCUUUAUGACUCCCAGUUGAAGGAUAAUCCUGCUUUUUCAAUGCUAAAUGACUCAGAUGAUGAAGUAAUAUAUGGAAGUGAUUAUGAAGACAUGCCUUUACAAAACGGACGCGCUAUCAAAGCAACCGCCAAGUACCAGGAUGAGAGCGACAGUGACUGAUGGGAUCUUUGACUGGCAUGUCUUCUUUUGUGUCCCUGUUGGAAACUGUGAGAAUACAUCAACCUGUCGUGUGUGUGUGUAAAUAAGGAGUACUUGCAUUGUUAAUACGAAAUCAUAUACUGUUAAGUGUACAUAAAUAUAUUUUUUA